AUGGGGAAUUGUAUGAGAAAAGAAUCCUCCUCCGUGCAAUGGGGCGGCGAAGACUGGGGCUCACUAUCUCCGCCGUCAUCGUCGGAGGAUUUCUAUCAUAAAUCCAUGAAAUUAGAUCAUCAUCUCUUAAUGAGAGAAAGCAUUCAUUCUUCAACGCCCGUAGUAAAAGAGGUAAAAAUUAAGAUCACAAAGAAGCAGUUGUCGGAACUGACGGGUAAGGCUGACGUACAAGGAAUAUCCGUACAUCAGCUAUUGACGGAGUUAAUGAAGGUCAGUGAGGGGUUUGAGCUGCAUCAUCGCUCAUGGAGGCCUGCCUUACAGAGUAUACCAGAAGUCAAUUAA